AAAGAAGGCAAAGAAAAAAGUAAAAGGGAACUGAAGAAAGAGGGGAGUCACAGUCGAAGUCCCAUCCGACCGACCUACAGAACAGAACAGCCGCCGCAAACUCUCGAGUGACCGGACAUCGUACGGAACAAAGACUAAGCCUACUACGGUAUCCAGGCAGAAUAUAAAGUAAUGAACAUUGGCAGUAGACAGGUGGAAAUGGGCCUCGAGAGUAGUCGUAGUGAUCAGCAUUUUGUAAAUUAUCUGAAACGAUUGCAAGCCCAGAAUCCCGGUUUCUUUUUAGCAAUUGAAUAUGACAGUGAUGGUAAUGGAAACGGAAAUGGGAAUAUUUUUUGGGCUGAUUCUAGUUUUAGGAUGAAUUAUAGUUUUUUUGGUGAUUCGGUUAGACUGGACACCUCGUAUAGAGUCCAUGAUUAUAGUGUACCAUUGGUUUCCAUCACGGGGCUUAAUCAUCAUGGUCAGCCGGUUUUAUUUGGUUGUGGAUUGCUUUAUUACGAGUCUGAGUCUGGCUACGUUUGGUUACUUCAAAAUUGGGUACAUGCUAUGGCGGGAAAUUAUCCAGUCUCGAUUACAACUGAACCUGAUCAUCAUAUUCAGAUGGCUGUUGCACAUGUUUUGCCUCAAACCCGUCACCGUUUUUGUAAAUGGAGCAUAUUUAGAGAAACUCACGAGAAGUUGGUUCAUAUUUCUCAAACACAUCCUACAUUUGAUAUGGAUUUUAGGAACUGUAUUCAUGCUGCAGAUACGGUCGAUGAGUUUGAGUCUUGUUGGCAAGAUCUUAUAGAAAGAUACUCUGUUUUGGAUAAUGAAUGGAUUCAGUCAAUUUACAAUGCACGUCAUCAGUGGGUUCCGGUUUAUAUGCAAGAGACAUUUUUUGGAGAAUUACACAAAAAAGAAACUCCGAAUGCAUUCUUUGAUGGUUUUGUGGAUGAGACAACAUCGAUUCAGUUGCUAGCUAAACAAUAUGAGAGUGCGGUAAUCAGCUGGCAUGAGAUGGAACUGAAGGCAGACUAUGAGACUAGUAGCACUACGCCACUUCUAAAAACGCCUUCUCCUAUGGAAAAACAAGCUGCUAGUUUGUAUACUAGAAAAGCAUUUGUAAAGUUUCAAGAGGAGUUAGUGGAGACUCUUGCUAAUCAAGCGACUAAAGUUGAAGAUAAUGGAACUGUGACAACUUAUAGAGUUGCUAAAUUUGGAGAAGAACAGAAAGCACAUAUUGUUAGGUUCAAUACAGCUGAGAUGAAAGCUAUUUGUAGCUGCCAGCUGUUUGAGUUUUCAGGUAUUAUAUGCCGGCAUGCUUUAUCAGUGUUUAGAGCAAAAAAUGUACUUACACUUCCAUCUCAAUAUAUUUUGAAGAGAUGGACAAAGGAUGCCAAGGGAAGUGGUGGUGUCAUUGAAGAAUAUGUUCCAGAGCUACCAAGCGAUUCUCAAGAGUCUCUGACUGUACGUUAUAACAAUCUCAGACACGAGGCUAUAAAAUUUGUAGAAGAAGGAGCUAAGUCCAUACAUAGCUACCAUGCGGCAUUGGAUGCCCUGCAAGUUGCUGUAAACAAAGUCACUGCUUCAAAGAAACAAAGUUUCAGACUGAACCACAGCGGAGGAAAUCAAGAAUCUCAAAAGGAUAAUGGAAGUCAACAAGCGCCAUAUCAAUUGAGGAGUGAGAAGGAAAAGAAACUUCGUGAAUUGACUACUGAGUUAGAAAAUACAAAUCAGAGAUGUGAAGUGUAUCGUGCCAAUCUAUUGACAGUUUUGAGAGACAUGGAGGAGCAGAAGUUGAAGCUUUCUGUUAAAGUGCAGAAUGCAAGGCUAAGCUUGAAAGAAUAAAUGCAGCUGCAAUACGAGAUUGUUGCUUUGGUGCACAAAAGUGUUUUUGAUUAUUUGGCCCAUUGUCAAAAGACAAACCCAUGUACAGCCGAAAACGCAAUAUAUACUGCCAUAAAUGCAACA